UUGUACUGGAGUUGGUUUUAACUUAAGUGUUUUCAUGUACUGUUGACAAAAUGUAACAGUCGCUAUAUAAACUCGGUAACUCGGUCUUUUAAAAAUGUCAUCCAGACAACAAGAUCCAGCCCAGUCUAUCUCUCCAGUCCUAUUCCUGACUGUGGAGGGUGAACCCAUGUCCUUCUUCCUGCGACCCGGUCCUCUAAAACAAAAGCUGCAGCCGCUCAUCACAGCUGGAGGAGGGACGUUAUGUAGAGUCCAGGUGCCUGGAGCCAUCCUGCUGAUUGAUCCUGAGGAAAACAGCUCUGUUCUUGAAUCCGAUGCUCAUCGGUAUGUUUCCACCCAGUAUAUUCAUGACUGCAUUAAGAAGGAGGAGCAGCUGAAUUUAGAUGAUUAUAGACUGAAUCCAAAAGCAAUCCAGAGAUCCUCUUCAAAAUUAAACAACAGUGGGGGAAGCUGUGCUGGACUGUUAGGAGGCAGAAUUGCCUACACCCCUGAAGAGGAUGCUGCCAUUCUGAAUUUCAUCAGCAAGCGUAAGUCAGAGACUGGGGGCAACAGGCUGUGGCAGGAAAUGGAGAAGCAGCGGGUGACCAGUCACAGCUGGCAGUCUAUGAAGUCCAGAUUCAAAGACCAGCUAUCAAAGAACCAGUCUGCAUCUACAGAGGUGGAAACCAAAGAAGACAGCAACAAGCUGCCUGAGAAGAAAACUGAGGCGAAGCUCAAUCAGGAAUCCAAUGCUGAAAAAUCUCCCUGUGAGGCAACCGCUGGUCCUGCUCAAACUCAUUCAGCAGAAUCAGAUCUGACACAGAUCGAUGUCCAGUCAAUACCAGCAGCAGUCACACCUGAACAGGUAGAAACUCCGAUAACAGCCUCUGUUACCGUGGAUGAGAGCAAAACAUCAGAGGAACAACCAAAUAUAAACAUUCAAUCGGAGAGUGUUGAAGGUGAAACUUCUCACUGUUGUCAAACUGAAGAACAGGCAGAGAACCAAGACAGCACAGAGACAACAGAACUGGAAAAAGGUGAACCUCUUACACCUGCUUCCCCACGAAAACAUCAUUUAUCAAAAAACUCCCCUGCAGAUCAGCUCAAACUCUCAACAAUAACGAGUUCACCUAACAGAACAAAGCAAAAGCUGGAGGCAUCCCCGGUGCAGGAGGAACCACAGCGUCGAUUAACGCGCAGGCAGCUGGAGCUGGAGGCAGCAUCUUCAUCCCCCGAGCCGUAUGGGAAGAAACUGAGAUCAGCCUCCAGCGCGGCUGAGCAGUCCACAGCAUCCCCACCACACUGGAAAAAAACUAAAGCUGCCGUGAAGUUAACUAACCACAGAACCCAAGUAGCAGAAGAGCCGCCUCAUAAGAAAUCCAGAGGGAAGAAAGCAGAAGCAGAGGUGGAGAGUCGGGUGGAGCAGAUCAGCAGUGAUGCUGAAACUAAAACUGUGCAGCCAGAUGAAGCCAGUUCAGCCCUGCAGAAAGCAGAAAAGAAAAAAGAGAAAAGGCAGCUGGGAAUUCUUGAAAUGGCAACAAAGGAGUUUGAAGAUGAUUUUGAGUCUGAUGAAAAUGAAGGUCCAGAUCUCCUUAACAAUGCUGAAAGAACAGCUGAAACAACAACUGCAUCAGCAGACGCUCAACAGCCUUCAGACUCGUCUGCAGAUCCACCGGGUGCUCAGUCCAACCCUGAAGCUGAACCCAGCACACAGGUUGCCGGACCACAGACUCAGAGCUCAAGCAGCAACUGCGUCCCGAACACCGACGCCCCCGAUGCAGGGUCGGUCCAGCAGCCUGUUUCAGAGGUGAUCAGCUCCCCUUCAAAGGCCCACCUGUUCAUAUUUGACAGCGAAUCUCAGGUAGAAGACUCUCAGUCUGUGGUUGGCCAGGGCUCAGCAGCUCCACAUCACCCUCAGCGCUCAGAGGACAAAGACGCAGCGUUUUCUUUAACCCAGACGGAGUUGGAAGAGGACAAGCAGCGAAUCAGGGAGCUGAUGGCCCAGACCAACCAGGACCUGGUCAGUGUGACCAAAGCUUUGCUAAAGACCAGCGGAGACUUCGCUGCUGCCGCUGAUUUGCUUUUAAACCCCUCAUCUGUUUCUGAGCCAUUUUGGAGUCGCAGUGAUGACAGUUUGUUGCUUUCAGCCAAUCCUGUCAGCCUUCAGAAGCUGCAGGAAAAAUAUGGGGAGGAGAAUGUGGCCAAGAGGAUUGUGUUUCUUGAAGUGAAAGGAUAAAGAUAGCAUAGGAUGGCAAGAUUGACGGUCUGGGCUGCUGAGAUUUUAUGAUUUAAAAUAUUUGUGAUUUAAAAUCUUAGUGAUUUUAAAUCACAAAAUUUAAAAUCAAGAUUAAUAGCUAAACCAAGAUUAAUGGUUUAACUAUUAAUCUUGGUUUAAUAGUUAAACCAAGAUUAACUAUUAAAACAGGGACUGGAAAGAUUUUAUACAUUACAUCUAGUGUGUAUAAAUUUGGAUGUGAUCCUUGUUUUGUUUUAAGAAUAAUAUUUUUGAUGCAUUUUAGCAUGAAAAGGUGUCAUUGAAUUUGUUUUUAAUGUUUUAUUCAUUAAAUUGCCUAAUAAAUAUUCCAGUACCCUUUAAUAAGUUAGAAUAUUUUUAAUGUUAUAACAUAACAGGCAAACCAACUUUCUUCUGGACCCGUCUGCUGUUUUUUCAUGAUGCUUCAUGAUGCUGUUUGUUCAAAAAUGCUCUUUAAGAAACACCUGAGGCCUCCAUUGAACACCUGGAUUUAUACUGAGUUUAAAUUACYUUCAACUGGACCCUAUUUAUUCAUUGGUUGACUUCUGAAGAUGAUUACCUUCAUCUUUUUAAGGGUAUAAUAACAGAAAUACAUCAAAUUUGAAAAAAUAAAUGCAUAAAAAUGAAAUAUCCCUGUAUAAUUUCCCUCUUUUUCAUAAUUAUUUCCAAUUAGGAUCUAAUUGAUUUUAAUUUAAUCAUAUAAGCACCAUAUUUUCUGAUGUUAUUCUUUAAAUUGAACAAUAAUUAGAAAAAAAAAACACCAGAAGAUCAUUUUUUUAACCAAUCCACCGCUUUAUUUAACUUUACCCCAAUACUAACUGAGUACAUUCAUCAUUUUGAAACUAAGACUGCCCAACACCCACAUCAGUACACCGUAUAAAUAGUUUCAACAAAAAUAUUACAAAUAAUAGACUUACAAAUGUAAGAGAAAAGAGUACGGAAUAUAAAUAAAUUUAGACAAAAUGCCAAUUAAACUGAAGAUGUUACCUGUGAGGCAAAAUAAACAAUGAGACUGGAACCUGAUAGAGUUCAGCAGCUUGGACCUCCCAGUCACGUUCAUGGAACUGAAAUGGCAAAUAUGUUUGCAAGCCUACAUAAACUCUUAACCAAAUCAUCCCCAAACUUUAUGAAUAAAAACUCCUUGUAUAAAACCUUUUUUUUUUAUAUGAAACAUUCACAUCCAGCAAAUUUACAUAUGCGUUGUUGGUGGUAAGCUUGAGAAAUCGUUCAGAACUCACACCGAGGUUCUCAGCGGACCACCAAACAUUAUGUGUCCCUGUGUUUUUAACGGCUACAUUAUUUUAAGGUCUUUACAGGCUUCCAAUCAAGCUACAUUCAGCAAAUAAGAGUCGCUAUGGCUUUUUUUGAACUAAAAUKAGGCAAACCUGCUUUUAAGUGGUGGCAAAGUGGAGAUGUUUUACCUGACAUCCAGUAGUUUACAGGAGAUACGGAUGUUGGGGGUUGUGUGGUUGGCAUGUGCACUGAGACUGAGUCUACGCAACUUUCCAGAGUCAGAAUCAUUUUGUCACGUUGCUGUACAUGAUUGCUUUGGUUGGCUGGCUAGUGUGAUGAUCGUUCGUGGAUGCUGCGGCCAUACAGUGUUAAAUAAUGGUAUCACACAGUCCAGUAGGAAAAACAGAAUGACUCUUUGUUACUCAUCAGGCUGGUUUCAUACCAUCUGAAGACAACAGCGACGCUGUUUUUUCACUGUUUUCAUGUGUUAAUUUUGUAUUGUUUUUGUGUUAGUAAUUGAGAAAUAAUUGCAACAAAUAUAUCUUAAGUUAUUAAAAGCUUAACAUAGCGACACAGUCUAAUGGUUAACAGUCUGGUUAAAGAAAAUACACCUUUCGCCACAAGUAGUUUCGUAACAAAUAUGACAGACAGUACACAGUCUGUAUUGCAGCUUUUUAGCUCAAAAUAUAUAUUAGAAAAGACACAUAACUUCUUUUCUGCACAUCAGCAUGCUUCAGAAUAUUCUGCCCCCGAAAACUUCAAUAUAGAAGUAUCACUUAAUCUUGGAUCCAGUAAAUCACACUCAAAAUCUAAAAUGAACAUAUGAUUGAAACAAACAAAGAAAAAAAAA